UUUUAUUCUGAACUUUCACCGGAAGUAGCCCCCCGGCUUCACAAACUGUGCCUGAACUAAAGCUAACAACAGCCUGACUGCUUCCCGGAGUUUAUUUAAGAGAUUUAUUCGUAUUAAAAUGGACUCAGCGGCGGUGGAGAUAGACGGCAGUGUCAUGGAGGGAGGCGGACAGAUUCUGAGGGUGUCCGCGGCCCUGAGCUGCAUCACCGGGUCACCCAUAAAAAUCACCAAGAUCCGAGCCGGAAGAAGCCAACCCGGGCUCAAAGCGCAGCACCUGAGCGGGCUGCAGUUGGUGUCGGAGCUCUGCGGAGGGACUCUUCACGGAGCAGCUCUGGGAUCCACAGACAUCAGCCUGAGUCCGGGGAGGAUCCGGGCCGGGAGCCACACGGCAGACACGCAGACGGCAGGGAGUGUGUGUUUGCUGCUGCAGGUGGCUCUGCCCUGUUCUCUUUUCUCUGAGUCAAACACACAGCUCUGUCUGAGAGGAGGAACCAACGCAGAGAUGGCCCCACAGAUCGACUACACUGUGAAGAUUUUCAAACCAAUUGUAGAAAAGUUUGGCGUGAACUUCGACUGUGACAUAAAAAUGAGAGGUUUCUACCCUAAAGGUGGAGGUGAGGUGCGGGUCACAGUGAACCCGGUGAAGGAGCUACUUCCUGUGGUGAUGACGGAGAGAGGAAGCAUCACCAAGAUCUACGGAAGAGCCUACGUCGCCGGGGUGCUGCCUUUCAAAUUGGCCAAAGACAUGUCCACCGCCGCCGUCCGGACCAUCAGGAAAGAAAUCAAAGACCUGUACAUCAACAUCCAACCGCUGCAGGAGAAGGAGAAGGCCUACGGGAACGGCAACGGGAUCAUAAUCAUCGCCGAGUCCUCCACAGGUUGCCUUUUCGCAGGAUCAGCUUUGGGUAAAAAAGGAGUUUACGCAGAUAAAAUCGGGAUCGAAGCUGCAGAGAUGCUCCUCAGAAACAUCCGACACAACGGCUGCGUCGACGAGUUUCUACAAGACCAGUUGAUCAUUUUUAUGGCUCUGGCCAAAGGAAAAUCUCGGAUCAGAACCGGAGCAGUGACUCUGCACACACAGACGGCCAUCCACAUCGCAGAACAGCUGACACAGGCGAAGUUCAUCAUCUCUAAAUGUUCUGACGAUCUGAGCGGAAACACGACGUUCCUGAUCGAGUGUGAGGGGUCGGGAGCCGUGAACCCUCACCUCUGACCUCUGUAGCCCCUCCCCUGUGUGUAGCCCCGCCCCUCUGCUGUAGCCCCGCCCCCUCAUAGACUGUUGUGACUCACGACUGUAGGUUUUGUCUCAGGGUGAAAUAAAACUGCACACGACACCGAGGCUCGUCUGGAUGAAGUUAUUUAACCGACAAACUCAUGUUAUAUUUAAAGAUGCAAUACGGAACUUCUUCCUGCACCUGCUGUCUCCAUAGCGAUGUCAUUUUACUCAGUAUGGCAUUAAACUUAUCUCUAGCAACCACUUC